AUGUCUAAAUGUGGAGGAUUUGGUCCAACUACUGAUGUGCCGGAUGUGCCGGAUGUGGUCUACAUUAGUUAUAAGAUGAAGCCUCAAGUAGAAGUGAAAACAGGGAAGAACUUCGAGGAAUUUAUACCUACACAAUACAGCUCUCAGGUUGUGGCUGGUACAAACUACCUGAUCAAGGUUCACGUUGGAGGAGAAAGCUACAUUCAUCUGCUUGUCUUCCAAGACCUACUAUGUCGUGGAGGAAAGAUCAGUCUGAGCGGUGUACAGGAGGACAAAACCAAAGACGACAAGCUGGAACCUUUUUAA